AUGGCUGCUUCUUCCAUGAUCUCUGUUGGCACACAUCGCCUCUUCAUCUCCAUGAGUGGGGCCCCGCGGUCGGCCAGGGAUCCUAUUGCCGUCAUUAUAGCCGGGGCUGGGGAUGUCUCCUCUUCACACGUCGCGGUUGAGAGACUAGUCGCCCCCUUCUGCGGAAUUGCCUUGUAUGACCGGUCUGGCCUUGGUCGCAGCGAAGACGGACCUCAGAAGCACACAGCCGACGUGGCUGCCACUGAGUUGCAUACACUCCUCGAUCGAGCAGGAGUUCAUCCGCCACUUAUACUCGUCGGCCACUCCUACGGCGGAAUAGUGGCGCGCGAGUACCUCCACCUAUACCCAAACGAUGUAGCGGGUAUGGUUCUUUCGGAUGCUGCUACAGAAAGAGCCACCCAGUAUUUUACGAUACCAGACCCGAACAUCGCAGCGGUAUUGGGAUCCCUCAAGUACUCUCAGGUUACCGGGCUACGAGACGAUUCAGUACUGACUCGUGAUGAAUGGAGAACGCGGGCUGCGGAUAUCGCUCGGGGUGGAGUAGCCGCCCAGGCUGAAGCAGAAGCGUCUAUAGAGAUAUGCGAGACUCUCGGGCAAAAGGAGCAAUACAGAAGAUGUGCCAUGGGUGCCAAACCAUUAAGUGUAAUCCGCUGCAACAGUGCAAGGGACUACGAACGGAUUUAUGAGAAGGGUGUCGAGGCAGGAAACGGUACUGAAGAGCAGCAACGAAAAUUUAGAGAGCUCUUGGAUAGAUGGGAUGAUAUUGACCGCUUGUUAAAGGAGGAACAGCUUCAACUGUCAUCAAGGAGUCGACUGAGACACGUCCCUGAUUGUGGCCAUAACAUCCAUCUCACUCGGCCGGAUAUUAUUGCACAGGAAAUACGGUGGGUGAAGGAGACGAUCAUAGAAGAAUCCCAGCUCUAG